AUGGUGAAUUUUGAUCUGGGCCAGGUUGGAGAAGUAUUCCGUAGGAAGGACAAGGGGCCUGCGAUUUCUGGUGACAACCCAGAAGAAGAAGAUGUCGAUGCCUCUGAAUUUGAAGAGGAUGAAAUUAAGCCUGUGCAGACAAAGAACAGAAGGCCCAAAGAGGAUGCGUUUACACAACAGAGACUGGCUGCUUUUAACCCGGUGUUGACGCCGAGAACGGUCCUGCCUGUUUACUUGUUCAUUGCUGUGAUAUUUGUUAUUGUAGGAGGGUGCAUAUUAGCGCAAAACUCCAAAGUGGACGAGGUAAAAAUAUACUACCAGGAUUGCAUGAACAACGCAACCUCUUCAUGGAGCGACAUGCCUUCUGAUCAAUGGGAAUUGACCUUCCAUAAAAACAAAACAUAUAAUGUAGCACCACAAUGGAAGUUUGUGGAUGAUGAAUCGGACGAUUUCACGGAACAAAGAGGUACCUGUCAAAUCAGGUUCCAUACACCGAGUGACAUUAAGAAGAAUGUAUAUUUGAAUUACAUUUUAGAGAAGUUUGCUGCUAACCAUAGGAGAUACGUACUAUCUUUUAGUGAAGACCAAAUACGUGGAGAAGAUGCCUCUUACGAGACGGUGCAUGAUGCCACAGGUAUAAAUUGUAAGCCGCUAUCCAAGAGUCCUGACGGGAAAAUAUAUUAUCCGUGUGGACUGAUCGCGAACUCGAUGUUCAAUGAUACGUUCCCCUUGCAGCUUAUCAAUGUAGACGAUGCCUCGAAGAAUUACUCACUAACAAAUAAGGGAAUCAACUGGGGGUCUGAUAAGAAACGGUUCAAGAAGACCAAGUACAAUUACACCCAAAUUACGCCGCCUCCAUACUGGAAGAAUUUGUACCCUGACGGGUAUAACGAGACAAAUGUUCCGGACAUUCAGGAGUGGGAAGAAUUCCAGAACUGGAUGAGGCCAGGUGCGUUUCAUAAGAUCACCAAACUAAUCAGAAUCAACAAGAACGAGAGUCUUCCAGCGGGCCAAUACCAGUUGGACAUUGGGCUACAUUGGCCUGUACUGGAGUUCAACGGUAAGAAAGGGAUCUAUUUGACCCACGGCUCUCACCUUGGCGGUAGAAAUCCAUUUUUAGGUAUAAUCUAUUUGAUCGGUGGCUGUGUUUGCGCUGCCAUGGCGCUCAUAUUGCUAACAUUUUGGUUAUUUGGCGGUAGAAAGAUUGCUGAUGCAUCGAGUCUUUCAUGGAAUAUGAAUUAA